UUACCCAGGGAUUCGGAGCUCGGUAGGUAGUAUGUUGCUCGUGUUUUCUCAGUAUUUGUAAACUGAAGCAGUGAAUCUUCAGUGAGCAAAAGAGCUACACUUUGUUUUAGCGAGACUAAGGACAACUCGAGCUGACUCAGAAAUGGCCAUAUAUGGGAAUUUACGUGUCGAUGCCACUCUUGCAUCUUACCACCAACACCCUUUUCGAACCUAUAUUCGCUCUUCAAAGGUAGAGUUCGUGGGUUUCAUGAAUGGAGGAUCAAGGUUUUCUGAAAUUACACCAAAAUGGAAUGGAAUGACAAUAAAUAGUCGAAGCUUUGGCAGCAAAAAUAAAAGAUCAGUUGGGAUCAUGGGAGAUUAUAAGUUCUCUCCAAAUGCUGUCCACGAAGAGGUUGAGAGCUUCCUCUUACAUGCCAUAAACAUGAGCUUCUUCGAGCGACUUCACUUGGCUUGGAAAAUAGUUUUCCCUUCUCCAGCAUCUAGAAGGAGCUCUAAUGCAAAUAUAGCGAAGCAGCGGUUGAAGAUGAUCCUGUUCUCCGACCGCUGUGCAGUUAGCGAUGAGGCGAAACAGAAAAUUGUGAAAAACAUUGUUCAUGCACUGUCAGAUUUUGUCGAGAUAGAGUCGAAGGACAAGGUUCAGCUUAGCGUCUCUACUGAUUCUGAUCUGGGAACUAUUUACUCCGUCACAGUGCCUGUUCGGCGGGUCAAGGCAGAAUACCAAGAGGCAGAUGAAACUGGGACGAUAACUAAUAUUGAUUACAAAGAUACGGGCGAACGAUCUGGUUCUGUUGAUGUGAGGUUUGAUUUCUACGUUCCGGAUGAAUAAACACAAAUUCCUGGGUGAGUGUGGUAUCUGAAUUUCCUUUUUUCUGGUGUUUAGAUGUUGGGAUUGAAUUUUUAGGUAGCAAUGCGACUUCACACUUGUGUUUGUAUAUAUGGAAUUUUAAUUUGAGGUAAUUUUUCUCCUUUGCCCUCA